AUGAGCGGGAAAGGGGGUGUUGGCAAGAGUUCACUCACCGCGAACCUCGCUACCGCGCUUACGCUGAAGGGUAAGACUGUCGGGGUCGUCGAUGCGGACAUCAACGGACCAACGCUUGCCAAGAUGAUGGGGGUGCGUGACGCUACGCUGGAAUACACACCCGCGGGGGUCAAGCCUGCUAUUACCGCACUCGGCACGAAACUUAUCUCUAUGGAUUUACUCUUGGCAGAAGACGAUGAUGCGUUCACGUGGCGUAGCACGAUGGAGGUCGGUGCCCUCCGAGAGUUCAUCGCCGACACCGAAUGGGGAGCGUUGGAUUAUCUCCUGCUGGAUCUGCCCCCCGGAACCGAUCGACUCCCAAAUGUAGCAGAACUCAUUCCUGACCUUGGCGGUGUAGUCGUGGUGACAAUCCCGUCUGAGGUCUCGCAACUCAUCGUCAAAAAAUCGGUGACGAUGGCGAGAGACAUUCUCAAGGUUCCAAUCAUCGGUGUUGUCGAGAAUAUGGCUUUCUACGUCUGUCAACACUGUGGCGAGGAGGAACCUCUCUUUACCGCUGGCGAGACACCCGACGCUGCAUUUCAACAGGUAGUCCUCGGCAGCGUCCCCUUUGAUCCGAGGCUCGCCCGUUCCAGCGACGACGGAACCCUUUAUCUUGAUGAAUACCCGGAUGCUCCCGCGAGCAAGGUGCUCAUGGAAGUGGCUGAAAAAGUUCAAGCCUUUUUUCAAAGUCUAUGA